AUGAGGUGGAUCGGGUUCCUCAGCCUGGUGGCCCUGUCCGAGUGCCUGGUGACCAUCCCUCUGACGAAGAUCAAGUCCAUGCGGGAGAGCCUGCGGGAGAGGGACCUGCUGAGAGACUACCUCCAGCGGCACCCCUACAGCCAGGCCUACAAGCUCCUGCGCAAGCCGCGUGUCACUGUCCAAUCCUUGAGGAACUACCUAGACCUGCACUACGUUGGCACCAUCGGCAUUGGAACGCCCCCUCAGAAGUUCAAGGUCAUCUUUGACACGGGCUCGGCGGACUUGUGGGUGCCCUCCAUCUACUGCUCCAGUCCCGCCUGUUUGACACACAAAACCUUCGACCCUCUGCGGUCGUCCACCUUCCAGAGCACGAACCGGCCCAUCAAGCUGGAGUACUUGUCCAGUAGCAUGACCGGGCUGCUGGGCUAUGACAAUGUGCGGAUCAGGAACCUUGUCUGCAAAUCCCAGGCAUUCGGCCUGAGCACGACAGAGUCUGGCAUUACCUUGGAGUUAGGGGCCUUCGACGGCAUCUUGGGCCUGGCCUACCCCACCGUGGCCUUCAAACACACCACCCCGGUCUUCGACAGCCUGUGGAAGCAAGGCCUCCUGUCUGAGAACCUCUUCGCCUUCUACCUGAGCAG